AUGAGGUUUAGCUCUUCAACUGUUGUUUUAUCUGGUGAGGUGCAGACCAGGAAUCUUCUGUUGAUCUCUCUUAAGGUUUUUAACAUGGAUUUCGAAAGAUUUUUAUGUUGGUUGUACGCGAUUUCGACUCUGAAAGUUGUCAGUGGCUUCAAUUUUGAAGAGAAUCUGCCUGAAGAUUUUAAACAAAGGGAUCUUAGCAAGGCCAUCUUGGAAAUGCUUCAUAUUAAUAAGCUGUCGGUCCCUCAACAAGCAAAGCCCCAUCCGUAUAUGAAGCACAUUUACCAAGUACUGAGCACACAGGAUUCGAGGCAGAGAAGCGAUUCAGAUGGGACACUGGUGCAAAGUUUCCGUAGUGUACAAGGGACAAAAUAUAGCAAACCUGGUUGGAUCUGGUUCAACUUAUCAUACUUACAGCCCUCUAUGACUGGUGCUGAGUUGAUCUUACUGAGAAAAACUCUACACUCUGAACCACUUACAGUAACAGUAACUGUACACAGCCUGUCAUUUGGAGCUGGGAACCUGAGCAUAAGCAGCCCCCUCACUGAACACCUGCUCACCCUGGACCAGCUUCCACCAUCAGGCUAUGAUGUGUUUAAUGUUACAGCCUCUUUACCGCAUCACAUCCAUGGAGCACACGUCCUAGGCUUCCAGCUGCGCUUCAGGGAUGAAAGUGGCAGCCUGGUUCUCCAUGAAGCCCUGACGCAGAGAUUGUACUGCUUGAACACGAGCUCUCUAAGUCAGCCUCUGCUGGUUGCCUACAAGGUGAAACCAACAGAGCGGCAGAUCUUCGAGCGCAGGCAGAGGCAGUACUGCAGAGAAAGCACUCAUGAGAUCAAACAACAUUCACGAAUAAGAAAGCAAAGAAGCACAAAUGACACAGAAUGCAAACUUUAUGAGACGCUUGUUGAUGUACAAAAGACUGACCUUGGUCAAUGGAUACUGCAGCCAAAGGCAUUUAAUAUCAGCUUUUGCAGGGGUUUGUGCAUGAAGGAACAGCCAACUCCUUCUCUGACUGGACAGAAACCAAAGGAUAAGCACUUGGAAAAUGAUCGAAGUUCAAACUGCAAUGCACUGGAGACCACUCCCCUCACUGUGAUGUAUCGGAGCAUCACAGAUGACAUCAUCAUUAAGCAGUUAAGGGAUAUGAGAGCACAGAGAUGUGUUUGCUCACCCAAUAUUAGAUCAAGUAUUAAUGGGUGAAAUAAACAUUGAUAUGUAAUCAAAUGCAAAACAGUGUGUUAGCAUAAAGUGUGUGGAUUAUAACUCUAUUACCCAAUGCAGCCAUAAAGGUUUUGGUAAUGGAAAAAUAUAACCUGAAUUUGACUAACUUUUAAAAAUAAAAGUGAUGCUUGGUGGUUCCUUAUACUAAUUAUGAUCACCCAAUGCAUGGUCCAUGUUUAUGUUCCAUCCUCUGGCCAACUUAUUUCACCUCACUUAAGUACAGUAGAUAUCAACUACUUUAAAUGUCUAGAUACAAUAACUAAAUGCAGAGAUCCAUCAAGCUAAAAACUGGAGACGGAACAAUUUUGAUAACACUUUAUGUCCACGAGCAUGACAUUAAUAUCUUAUAAAGCAAACCUGGAGGCACGUCAGUACUCAUAAAGGACUUAUGUGACUUUCUGUUCUGGGUUUUCAUCUACUUUCUGAACUUACAGUAAGUAUAACAGGAAAUUAAUGCUUGUGAUCCUAAUAAA